AUUUGUGUAACCAACUUGUACGCUAUUGGUUCAUUUCAUAACAGGAUCACAGGCCUUUUUCCCGCUUGGUAUUUUGAAAUUGUAAGCUUGAGAAGCAUAGUCUGUUUUGGGAAUAGAGUUCAAACUUGUAGAAAGGAGGACCGUGGACACCAACCAACCUGCAUUUCCAUCUCCUCCUUCCUCUCCUUUGGAAAUACUGCAUACAGCUUGACACCCGCCAAUCCAGGCGUGAUUAUAUCACUUUUAACCUACUAUGGAGGGUGCGUACAUGCAUGGUCCACACGUUCUUUGGUCCAAAUUCUGUCAUGUGAAACUUUGAUCAUUUUCACAAAAGUGUACCCCAUGAUUUUUAGCCGCCAUAGACCAAGAGCCCUACCUUAAAUUUGCUUCCACACUUUCUCGUAGUCGGCCUCGUGUGUGGAAUCACGGACUUCUUGGCUCUUAUCUUCCUUAAUUACUCAUUGUAUCCACUUUUAUGGUUUAAUUUAUCUCACUUGCAGCUCACUUUUAUGACUUAUGAUACUUGUUUGCUAGCCAAGAGUUCUCCUCAAAAUAAUUCAAAUUACAAACUCAUACAUGCAGUUAAAUGACCCGUGAAACCACGUCCUUUUUGAGUGGUUGCUUUUAGUCACGGCACCUCGAAUGCCAGGGUAACAUGCAAACCAUAUAUUAUGGUUGACAUGACACUAAUUAGUCACAACCCCUUGUGAUGAUUUCACAGAGAUGAGGUAACUAUUAAUAUUGCAGUAUAGCUGUUAGCUUUCGGCUGUUAAGAUCAACCAUCUAGUUUCCUCCAUAAUGAAAACAGCAUUGAGUGACCAUGGAAAAAAGCUAUGCGACUAGUGGUUUUUCAAGAGUAUAAAUGUGGCAUCUCAGUAGCAAUAUUCCAGCAUAACAUAUUGGUAGUACUGUUGUCUGUGAGUGCUGCAGGGCAAUGGGGCUGUGGGUGGUGGCCAUCUUGGUAGCUUUGUUAUGCAAAGAAGCAAGCCUGGUACAUGGGGACAUUGGCACUGCAAACUCCUACGACCCUCCUUAUACUCCUACUAGGUGUAAUGGGAACAGGCAAGAUCAGUUUCCACCUGGCAAUCUAUUUGUUUCAGUGAGUGAAGGGUUGUGGGACAAUGGUGCGGCCUGUGGGAGACGUUAUAGGUUGAGGUGCCUGAGUGGAGCUAAAAAGCCAUGCAAGGAUGGAACAGUUGAUGUCAAAGUGGUUGAUUUCUGCUCAGUCAGGCCCUGCCCCUCUACGCUUCUCUUGUCCAACGAUGCUUUUGCAGCCAUUUCACACUCUCCUAGCAUGAAAAUAAAUGUGGAGUACAUACAGAUUUGACAAAGAACUGCAAAAGGCCGAGUCACAUCGCCAGCACAAUCUGCUUGUAACUUGGGAACUUUGUGGGAUAAACCAACAAAAGUGUGGAGAACAAUGCAGAAUUGUGAUUAAAAAAACCAAGUAGUAGUUGUUGUAGUAGUUUCUGUUAUUGCACGAGGAUGCUUUCAUUUGUAACUUUUUGCAAUGGAUAUUUCCAAAGACGCUGGUUAUAAGUGAGCUCUUAAUGAAGUGAGAAACGAUGUCCAAAGUCACAUAUAAGUAGUUCUCUUUUAAGAUCAUAUAACGCAGUGGUGUUGCAUGAA